AUUUGUAUUUUAGUUAAAAUAUAUUUGCAUAAUUUAGGUUCGAAAGUGAAGCUAAAAAAAGCUUCGUUUAUUUCUCAGUCUGACAACAAUGGCGACGGAUUUAGAAGCAGCCAAGCUCGAGCUUUUCCUUCAGUGGCUGAAGGUGAACGGAGCUGAAUUAUGCGGCUGCAAAAUCAAAUACUGCAAUUCGAGUAAAGGAUUUGGCAUUUUUUCAUCUGAUGAUGUUCCCGAUGGAAUUUUUUUGGUGGUCCCACUUGAUCUGGCAAUAACCCCUAUGAGGGUUUUAGAAGAUCCUUUCAUAGGACCUGAAUGUAGGUCAAUGUUUGAGGAAGGACAAGUCGACGACCGAUUCUUGAUGAUGUUGUUUCUUACAGUCGAACGUCUACGAAAGAACUCCACAUGGAAGCCGUACCUUGAUAUGCUUCCUAAUGAAUUUGGAAAUCCACUUUGGUUUACGGACGACGAGCUUUUAGAACUAAAGGGAACCACAUUGCAUCGAGCCGCUGAACUGCAGAAGAAAAACUUGAAAUCUUUAUUUGACGACAAAGUGAAGAAAUUGGCGGAGAGGCUUUUGAUUCUUGACGGCAAUCCCGAGAGUGAAGUGAGAUUUGAAGACUUCCUUUGGGCAAAUUCUAUAUUUUGGACUCGUGCAUUAAAUAUCCCUUUUCCGCGUUCCUAUGUUUUUCCACAAAUUCAAUUAGAGAAAGACAUCACAAUUAGCGAUGCACCCGUUGAAUCUACAAGUCAUGUUUCUACUGAAAAUUUGGUCAACGGAGAAAAUGGAAAAAUUCUUCAGACAAAUAAUUCUGCAUCACAAGAAGGAGAGACAAUAUGGGUCGAGGGUUUGGUGCCAGGCAUUGAUUUUUGCAAUCACGGUUUAAACCCUGCAGCAACUUGGGAAGUAGAUGAAACUGGAUCAUUAAGUGGGACCCCUUUUUCCAUGUACCUUUCUUCUGCUGGGAAUAUUCUCCAAGGUGAGAAAGAGAUAUCCAUCAGCUAUGGUGACAAGGGCAACGAGGAACUUUUAUACCUUUACGGAUUUGUCAUGGAGGAAAAUCCACACGACUAUCUUAUGGUUCAUUAUCCAAUGGAAGCUAUUUCGGAUGUACCCUUUUCAGAAACAAAAGUGCAGCUUCUAGAAGCACAGAAAGGCGAGUUGAGGUGUCUGUUGACUAGAAAUUUAUUAGAGAAGGGCUUUUUCUCCGAACGUAACUUUCCGGAAGGAACUAGUAACAAGGGGUUUAAUUACAGUUGGAGCGGAAACCGAAAGAUUCCCUCGUACAUUAAUAAACUUGUUUUUCCCGAAGAGUUCUUAUCUACCUUGAGAACAAUAACCAUGAAGGAAAACGAGCUUUACCAAGUUUCUUCUUUACUCGAAGAGCUUGUUGGGUCUGGAGGAAAGACGCAACCAUCGGAAACUGACGUAAGAACAGCUAUAUGGGAGGCUUGUGGAGAUUCUAACGCUUUGCAACUUCUUGUUGAUCUUCUUAAUAUGAAGAUGAUGGAACUUGAAGAGGGGUCCGGAACAGAAGAGAGCGAUGCUAAGUUACUCGAGAUUGCGCAAAACGAGAAAAGACAAGACAUUAAUUAUGGAGAAAACGAAAUUCUCGAUGGUAAAAUUGGUUUGACGACGAGUAGAAACAGAUGGGCUAGCAUAGUAUAUCGAAAAGGGCAGAAGGAAUUGACUCGUCGUUUCGUAAAGGAGGCAGAGCAUGCAUUGCAUCUGGCAUUGAGUGAGUCUAACUAGAGUUAGUUUAUGAAAUCUUGGAUAUGGUUUUGUUUCUUCUGCACCUUUUAACUAGAGUUAAAACAUAAAUUAAUAUUUGCAUGCAAAUCAAUCAAACUUUGCAAUAAAAUCAAAA